CUCCCCAGCCUCGGUAGCCCCGAGCUCCUCAGCAUCCUCCAACAGAAACCCGGGAAGCUGGGAUGGGGUCAACGCCCUGAAGCCAGCCCUCUCUCUUUUGCCAAGACCUGCCUCUGUGCAGCCCUAAGUGGGCAGCCGAGGGCUGCAGCUGGAGUCCUGAGCCGGUGAUGGAGCCCUGGCUGGGGCCUGAGGCUGCCGGCCUCCGCCUGGGCUGGCCGGCCCUGCUGUUGUGGGUCUCCAGCCUGAGCUAUUCUGCCUCCUCGCCGGCUUCUCUCGCUCCUUCUCUGGUGCCCCGAGUCCGAAUCAGCUACAAUUUUGGAAGGACUUUCCUCGGUCUUGAUAAAUGUAAUGCCUGCAUCGGGACAUCUAUUUGCAAGAAGUUCUUUAAAGAAGAAAUAAGGUUUGAUGAGCGGCUGGACUCCCACCUCGGAUUGCGUCCGGAUGACUUGCCGUCUUACCCUGCCAACUACUCCGAUGAUUCCAAAACCUGGCGCCCUGUGGAGGUCUCGAGGCUGGUCAGCAAACACCAAAACGAGAUCUCGGACCAGAGGAUCUGUGACUCCGCAGCUGCCCCCAAGACCUGCAGCAUCGAGCGCGUCCUGCGGAAAACAGGGAGGUUCCAGAAAUGGCUGCAGGCCAAGCGCCUCACACCGGACCUGGUGCAGGGUCUGCCCAGCCCUUUCUUGCGCUGCCCAUCGCAGCGACUCCUGGACCGUGUGGUCCGGCGCUAUGCCGAGGUGGCCGACGCCGGCAGCAUCUUUAUGGACCACUUCACAGACCGCGACAAGCUGCGUCUGCUCUACACGCUCUCUGUCAACGCGCAUCCCAUCCUCCUGCAGAUCUUCCCAGGCGCUGAGGGAUGGCCGCUGCCCAAGUACGUGGGCUCCUGUGGCCGGUUACUGGUCAGCACCAGCACCAGUCCGCUGCAGGAAUUCUAUGGUGCGCCCCCAGACCAGGCGGCCGACCUGGCUUACCAGCUCCUGGGUGUCCUGGAGUCUCUGAGGAGCAACGAUUUGAACUACUUCUUCUACUUCACCCGCGUUGAUGCGGCCAUGUUUGGUAUCUUCAACAACGGACAUCUGUUCAUCCGGGAUGCCAGUGCACUGGGCGUCAUCGACAGGCAGGAAGGCAGCCAAGCAGCCACCAGGGCAGAAGAGAAUAAAGACAUCUUCAGCUGCCUGGUCUCCGGCUGCCAGGUGGAGCUGCCCUCCUGCGACACCGUCCCUGAGAAGCAGAGCCUGGUGCUGGUGUGCGGGCAGGUGCUGCCUCGGCUUCUCCAGGCCAAGUUCCCGUCCCCGGUGCAGGAGGAGAUCGACGCUGCGCUUGCUCGGUGUGGGGAGGGCGCCCGCCCUGACUCGGAGGUCCUCGGGGCUGCCAGGCAGCUGAAGGACGUCCUGAGGCCCCUGAGAACCUGUGACCCCAGAUUCGCCUACCGCUACCCAGACUGCAAGUAUGAUGACAAGUUCUGAGGGGCUGGAGCCCUGCUGGCCUCUGGGGACCACGUCCUUGGCCUUCCAUCACCCGGUCGACUGGCUGGACUGCAAGGAUGAAAGCCGUAGCAGCCGCUUAGACAUCGGCAGACAUGCGCAUCCGUUUCCCAGGGGCGGAAGAACAGGCCAAUGACUGGGGAGGGCGGCUGCAUGACACGGGGUGGCGUGAUCACCCCCACAGGCCAGGACAUCAUGGAAGAACCCAGGGGUGGGCAUCAGAAGGCCCCGGGGGUGCAUCCUCACUCGGCCUCUUUGAGCCCCAGUUUUCUCUCUUCUCCACCAGACUCUGGAGUUAGUGAAAGAAGACAGAGGUAUGAAGGGCCAGGGACAUGUGCUCCCUCCCCCCAGCCCACGUGGUUGCAAAGAAUGUUCCAGAAGCAUGCACAUGCAGGGCAAAGGAGACAGAGCCAUAAAGGUCAAAAGGCUGGCAUGGAGGGAGGACGAUGGGAAGGUGAGGCCCCAGGCCGGCAGCACCUCAGACCUGGACAAGAGGAGCCCCCUCCCUGCUCCCUGUGCCCCCGGGCUCAGCCCUUCUGUCACGCUCCCCACACUGCCACGGGGUGAGGAGACUGCGGGCCAAGGGGACGUGUGGACAGGACCACACCCUGGGUGCCCGGGACCCUAGAGAGGCACUUCGUGGUGUGAGAAGGAGCCAGGGGUGAGAAGAGAAGAGGGGUGGGCUGGGUGGGCUGGGGGUCCCAUGUGCCUGUCCAGGUCCUCUGAGAACCAGCUGUCAAGCCCGGACUGAUGGCAUUAAGGAAGAUGCCUGUUUGGAAGGGAAGGAGGAGGGAGCCAGAGCCAACUGGGCCCGCCAUCAAGCCACGCUGCAGGCAAUCGAAGGAAGGCUCGGCAAGGCUGUCAGGGGUCCUCAGGGCAAAGCCAGCCAUCAGAGUGGCCACCCAGGAAGGGAUGGCCCUUCUAUCCCUGCUGCAGGGAACUGCGUGGCCUCAGCCCAACCGCAAGGACAGAUUUCAAACCUCAGCACAGGAUGCUCAGCCAGUUCUGCUCCCCAGAGUCUGAGGUCUAUGAGUAGGACAUUGUGAUCGCAGCCACAGCCAGGGACCAGGGCCAGCUCUCUCCCCACCACAGCCUCCAGUGUAGGACACUACGAGUCUGAGAAUAUUCGUUCAAACUUGGCCUUACAGGUCGUUCUAAAAAUGUGUUUUCCAGGUCAGCCAACAAAACAUCUUUUAUGCAAUACGUGGUGUGUGGGUCCUCCAUGUAUACCCUUGCCCGGGCCCCUCAAACACUAGUGGGGGUUCCUGGGACCUUUGCCCGGCCUCCCUGUCCGUCCUCUACCCGCUGGGACCUGUCAGUUGGCCUCCUUUUUUCUACCUCUGAAUCAUCAGUUUUAAGGUCCGGAUGUCUGGCUUCAUAAGCCUCAUGCUGCAGACGGGGAAACUGAGGCCCAUGGAGAAAGAAUGACUUGCUGAGAUAGUUUCAGAACUCCUGCUGCCAGUCCAGGCUCCUCUUGCCUCCCCCUUCAGCCUUUGUCCUGUCCAAUCCUGGUCCCUUCGGUCACAUUUAAAAACGAGCAAAGAAUAGUCUAAUUUUGUGGUGCGCUACGUUGCCUUUGGGGCUUCCCUUCGGAUUGCUACAGGCCAACUACUUCCGGGGCAACUGUGAAAGUGAGGAUGACAGGCCAAGCUUCCGGAAGGGCAGGCUUGGGCUGUCUCAGUGUCUCUGAGACAGUUGCCUACCGGUGUGGUCUGGAGACAAGGAUUGAUCACCCUUUCCAACACCUUGCUUUUAGUCCAGUGAAACUGAUCUUAGACUUCUGGCCUUCAGAACUCUGGGAAAAUAAAUUCCUCUUGUUUGAAGCCUCUCA